AUGGCCGACUGGGCGCCGGUGGUGGUGGGGGUGGUGCUGUUUGUGCUGCUGUCCCCUGGCCUCCUGUUCACCUUCCCAGGGAGCACAAAGCAUCUGGAGUUUGGGUCGCUGCGGACAAACGGCAAGGCCAUCGCCGUCCACAGCGUCCUCUUCUUUGCCAUCUUCACCAUCCUUAUCCUCGCCCUCGGCAUCCACAUCUACGCCGGUUAG